AUGCUGCCAUAUCCUCAUCAUUUUGUAACACCAAAUAAUAUUGUUAUUGAUCUUCGAUUACAUAAUAAUGAUCUUCAAACGAGACUAUCAUCAAUUAUUAGUACCCUUCUUCGUGAAAGUACACCAAAAAAUUGGUUUAAUACAACAAAACGACGAUUAAUUAAUCAAUAUAAAAAUGAACAAAGUGAAUUAGGUUUAUCAAAACAAGAAGUGGCUAAACGAGUUCAAACACAAUUAAAUCUUGAAUAUGUUGAACAAGCAUUUGAAACUAUUGAAAAUUCUAAUGAAAUUGAAGAAUUAUCACCUGGUCUUGGACGUUUAUUAGUUUCACAAGCUCGUUCUAUGUUAACAAUGAAAUCAGUUGUUCAAAACUUAAAUGAUGAUUUAGAAAAACAUCUUAAUAUGAUAAGAGAAAAAUUAAUUCGUGAACAUCCAAUAAAAUCUAAAAUUAGUCGUUGGAUUGAAAGUAAAUUAUUUGAAGAAAGAAUAAAUUAUAUUCAUCAACAUAAAUGGGAUGCACAUCAAUUAUCAAUUGAUCAAUGUCAAGCAUUAGGAAAUCAACAAGUUGCAUAUUUUAUUCAACGAGAUUUUACAUUUCGAAAAGAUCAUGAACCAAUUCUUCGUCGUACUCUUAAACCAUCAAUUGAACCUUUGAAAACAAUUGAAUGUAGUCGAUCGAUAUGGUUGCCAAAAUAUUGGAUUGUCGAACGAACAUAUCCACUUCCAACAGAACGUAUUCCAACAGUAUUUGCUAAACAUACAUGCACAUCUGAACAAGAAGAAAGUCAAAGAAGAUUGAUUGACUCUAAUCCUUAUGCAAAAUAUAAUCUUCAACGAAAAAUAACUUAUUCAACAACAACAAGAUAUCCAUUUUGGAGAUGGAAAUUAUUUGCACUUCGUACAUAUUGUUGGCUUUCAAAUGCUAUUUAUACAUUUUGUCUUGUAAUUCCAUUUGCUAGUCCAGUUAGUUUUCGAGCUCUAUUAUCUCCAAAGCCAUUUAGACCUGAUUAUAAAUUAAAUCGAGAUGAUUUGAAACUUCAUGAAGAUCCAUCUUCAAAAACAGAAACAUUUAUUUCACGUCUUGCUGCUCUUUGGAAUCAUGUGAGACAAUCAAGACAAAAAUUCGAACGAGCACCUGAUCGAGGACUUUUGGGAAAGAAUGUGCAAAGAUUUUUCAAUCGAUUUUGGAAUUAUGUAGCAAAAGGUUUUGUUGUUACUGUUGCCAUUUGUGCUGUUUAUCCAGCUUCUUGUGUACUUCUUUCAACUGGCUCUUUUAUAUUAGGUGUUUUAUCACCUAUUUGGAUGCCAAUUCUAACAUUAUUAUUUCAUAUAGUUCAAAUUCUUGUCUAUGAUGCAAAUUCAGCUGGUGAAUAUGGUCGAAAAUUUUUUUGUCUUAUUAAUAUUUUAAUAACUGAUUUUCUACUCUGUGGCAUUGUACAACCAAUAUUAGUAUUGAUUGCAUUAGUUUUUAGUCCAAUAACUUCUCUUUUAAUUCUGAUUUAUGCUCUUCUACAUCGUUUUGCUGGUGGAUUGUAUGAUAUAAUAGUAUUUAAAUUGAUUAUUAAACGUUUAGCUCGAAUUCCUGCACAUGAUACUUUUCUUGCAAGACGUAUUGCUGGUCCAGGUUUAGCAGCACAAUAUUUUUAUCAAGUUUCAUCACCAGAAGUAUUAGCAGCAUUAGAAUCAUUAAUUGAACAAAAGGAAUUGAAGAUUUAUCGUUCAUAUAUUGAAGAAAUUUUAACGAAACCAAUUAAUGAAUAUCGACAAUUUUUUAACGCAGUAUUUGAACCAUUUUCAGCUCUAGUUACAACAACGGAUAGUCGAUCAGUUUAUAGUCGAAUGAAUGAUGUUGUUAAUGAACAUAUUCAAAAUUUGAGAAAAGCAAUUGACAAGCGUAAUGAUUUACUUCAAAUACAUCAUGGUCGUCAGCAUGAUCGUAUUCGAUUGACAGAAGCUGAUUUAACAGCUGUGCUUAUUGAAGGAACACAAUUAGUAGAAAAAUGGUAUCCAAAACGAAUACUUUCUUAUUUCAAUAAAGAUGAAACAGAAAAAUUUUGGAAUGAUUAUGAUCUUGAAGAAAAUGAUUGGUUUGGCUUAGCAAGUAAAUUACUUCAAGAACUAUUUUGUCGAGAUUUCUUAACACCACUUGAACAAACAGAUGUUUGUUAUAGUCUAAAAGUUGAUCAUAUAACUUUAUCAAAAUAUGCACAUAUGAUUCAUUCCGCUAAUUUGCAUGAUGAUCUUGAUGUUGUUACAAGUGUUUAUUUACCUGGAACUUCAUAUACAAUUUAUUAUCCAUCAUUUGAUCAAAAUAUUUUCAAUCCGAAUAAGUGUAUUCUUAAUAUAUCAAAAGAUUAUUCUGGAGAGCAUCGUGAAAAAGCUUAUGGUCGUGUAUAUCGAUUUUUUAAUCAUCAAGGUAAUAAUUUAAAACAUAUUAAAAAUUUAUCAAAAUUUAUUGACUGUACAUCAAUAACAUGUCAUUUUUCUAUACCAAUACAAUUACCUGAUUUAAUCUAUGUUAAUGUUAUUAUAUUUAAUCGUGAUAAUAAUAAUUCAAUAACAACAGCAUCAUAUAAAAAUAUAUCUCUUCAAGAUAUUCUUCAACUUAUUGCAUACAAUAAAAAAUUUCAUGAUGAACCUAUGUUACCAGUAAAUUUAUCAAGAAUUUCAUCUCCUACUACAAUGAAUAAUAUGACACAUAAGAAUUUCGUAUGA